AUGAGGAAAGCAAUUGGGUGGGAGAAAAACUUUUUUGGAAAUAGAACAUAUCUCCAAUUUGCUCUUAAAGUAAGUGAUAGCAAAUAUGUCAAGCCAAUUGUUGAGAAAAGUAUUAAAGCCAUUGUUGGUUUCCAUGUUGCAACAGAAAAUGGGAUGAUUUAUCCAACAGAUGAUCCAACGCCAGUUUUUAAGUUACCUGAUGAUUUCAAAUCGCUAAAUGAUGCUUGUAAUUACAUGUAUUCACAUCAUACACGUCCCUUUAACAAGGCUCUUGCAUCUAUCGGUACUAAUUCCGAUACUGUUGUUUUAAAUAUUAGCCAUGCAGCAUCUGAUGCUCGAUAUUUUUCUCAUUUACUUGAGAUUUUGAAAAGUAAUGAUGAUUUUGCUGCACCUAGAAUGAUAGAAUCUGUUGAUUCAGCGUUUUCUAAAGAAAUAGAUUCAUAUAAAUCAGAACUUCCUGUGUUUAAUGCAGUCAAUCCAAAAUUAUCACGUAUUUAUCAAAAAGAAACAAAGUAUACGACAAUGGAUAAUACAUCUCAUCUUACUACUGCUGUUUCUGAUUGUCAAAACAUCAAAUGCUACAACAAAAAGACAAAAUUACUUCAUCAUUUUUCCGAAAACCUUUGGUCAUCUGUUAUUUUAUCAGCAUCAGCAUUCUCAGGAAAUCUUUCAAAGAUUGGGGUUGGUACAUACAUUGAUUUGCGUCAAUUUAUUAAAAAUCCCGGAUUACAACACUGUAACAUCAUUUCUUCGGUUCUUGUUUCAGCAGAUGUUACUAAAGAUACAACUCUUGGUGAAUUUAUGAUGCGUUUACGUUCUUGUUUUGACGAAAAAAUGAAGAAUAAAGAAGCAUUUGGAUAUCUCAAAGCAAUGCAAGUCAAUGGAACUAAACAUGCAAGUACAAUGCCUGGGAUAUGUAUAGACUUGUCAAGUAUUGGUCCUUUAAAGAUUGGAGGUCCAAUUAAAGAUGUUUGUUUUGGACUUUUGCAGAAAGGCGACCGUUCUCAAGCAACUUGUUCAUACAUCAAUUAUACAGUUACUGAUGGAAUGAAUUCAAGACUUGUCGGAAGAAUUCGCCAUUCACCUUUCUCAUUAAGCGACAGGGAUGCUGAAUUAUAUGUUAGAUCAGUUCACUAUGCAUUGGAAAACUUCACUCCUGAUAUUAAAUGCGGAAGAGCUUUAGAUGAAUUAAUUGAAUUUCAAUCCCAAAUUCAGAAGAGUUUUCCAAAACAGAUUUCAUAA